AUGCCAAGCUAUAUGGAAGAUGGACAGUUGUGCGUGGUUUGCGGUGAUGAAGCAACCGGUCUCCAUUACAGGGCGAUCACCUGUGAGGGCUGUAAAGGCUUCUUCAGAAGAACCGCGCAAAAGAAGAUCGAAUACACGUGCAAAGAGAAUGAACAAUGUGAAAUCAACAAAACCACCCGAAACGUGUGCCAACGUUGUCGAUUCUUGAAAUUGGUUUUGGAUGAGAAUGAACGAUCAGCGAAACGGCGGUUGAUACGAGAGAAUCGUGAGAGACGUGAACUCGAGCAUGUGCGGCACAUAAUCAAGGCGAGCUCGCUGUACGAGCAACAAGACCAGUAUCGUACCGUCAUCGACUCAGUCACAGCCAAUUAUUGUCGAUACAUUGAUAUUCCUGUUCGACUGCCGAAAAAUACGAGCACGUCAACGAUGGGACGUUGGAAGGCGAUAACAUCACUGCUGGUUCGUCAGGUGCUCGAUUUCGCUCGGAGUCUUGAUGUUUAUGAAAAGCUGUCCGAAUACGAGCAACAGAAUUUGAUCGGAAAUGAUAGCUGGCUGGAAGUGCAAUUGCUUCAUUUCGUUCAUCAAUACGAUCCCACCGAUUGUGCGUUGUUGUUGUCGAAUGGGAAUUCUUUUGGAAUCGAUAGUAAAGACUUACGGCUUGCUUCUGGCCAUUGCGAUCAGAAUGACAGAAGGGAGCUUGUGCGCGUGUUGAACGAAUUGCUGAGCAUUGCGAAGUCAUUUAAUGUGCUGCAACUGGACAACAGACAACUGGCGCUCAUAUCGGCACUGUUCAUCUACAAUCCAGAUCACCUCGAUUCAAAUAAAGACGUUGAAAUACUACACACCGAGUUGUGGUCAUGCCUGCAAAGUAUCAGCGAGUCCUCCUCAGACUCUCCAGAUUCCGUCAGGUGGCCACGUAUUCUGCUUAACAUCAAUCAACUUCGAACGGUUGUUCAGUCUUUGAAAAAUUAUUUCUUGAACCCGGAAAACGUCAGUGCACUUUAUACGAUUUUCAUUCCUUGA